AUGUCUCGGACCCUGCAGAAGGACAUCUGUUGCCUGCAAGACCCUGGCACUCAUGCUAGCUCUGUCAACCCGGCCCGAAUCAACGAGCACAUCCCGGGCCACCUCAAGUACGCUUGUCGGUACUGGGUCAAGCAUCUCCAACACAGUCCUGACGCACUUGACACUGCGUCAAUCUACGACUUUCUCUGCCAUCACUUUCUACACUGGCUCGAGGCUCUCAGCCUUGUGGGCAAGGUGCACGAGGCGGUCCAUAUUCUAACCGACCUACAGUCGCUCUGUGGAUCAGACUAUAAUCUUAAGCGGUUCCUGUACGACGCAUACCGAUUUACGCUGGCGUUUCGGUCGGUAAUCGAAGAGGCGCCGCUCCAGACGUACAUCUCAGCACUGUUGUUCGCACCGCGCCAGAGCAUUGUCAGACAACAGUUCUCGAAGGAGAUCCCGCAGUGGGUCGUGGGCGAGCCCCAAGUAGAAGAAGAGUGGAGCCCGGUAAUCCAAGUACUUAAAGGCCAUUCGGACUGGGUUCAAGCGGUGGCAUUCUCUCCCGACGGAGUAGUGGCGUCUGGAUCUUUAGACAACACGGUCAAGCUGUGGGAUGCGAAGACGGGCCAGCUGCGCACUACGCUCGAAGGCCAUUCGAGCUCCGUUCAAGCGGUGGCAUUCUCGCCCAACGGAGAAGUGGUAGCGUCUGGAUCUAAGGAUAACACAGUUAAGCUGUGGGAUGCGAAGACGGGCCAGCUGCACACUACGCUCGAAGGCCAUUCGAGCUACGUUUAUGCGGUGGCGUUCUCGCCCGACGGAGGAGUGGUGGCGUCUGGAUCUUUAGACGAGACGGUCAAGCUGUGGGAUGCGAAGACGGGCCAGCUGCGUACUACGCUCGAAGGCCAUUUAAGCUCUAUUGAAGCGGUGGCAUUCUCGCCCGAUGGAGAUAUAGUAGCGUUUGGAUCUGCGGAUGAGACGAUUAAGCUGUGGGAUGCGAAGACGGGCCUGGUACGUACCACGCUUAAAGGCCAUUCAAGCCCCGUUACAGCGGUGGCAUUCUCGUCCGACGGAGGAAUGGUGGCAUCUGGAUCUGAGGAUAAGACGGUAAGGCUGUGGAAUACGAAGACGGGUCAGGUGCACAACACGCUCGAAGGCCAUUCAGACUGGGUUCAAGCGGUGGCAUUCUCUCCCGACGGAGGAGUGGUAGUGUCUGGAUCUUGGGAUAAGAUGGUUAAGCUAUGGGAUACGAAGACAGGACAGGUGCGCACCACGCUUGAAGGCCAUUCGGACUGGGUUCAAGCGUUAGCAUUCUCGCCCGACGGAGGAGUUGUGGUGUCUGGAUCUAAGGACAACACAGUCAAGCUGUGGGAUGCGAAGACGGGCCAGCUACGUACCACGCUCGAAGGCCAUUCGAGCUACGUUGGAGCGGUGGCAUUCUCGCCCGACGGAGGAGUGGUGGCGUCUGGAUCUUUAGACAAGACGGUCAAGCUGUGGGAUGCGAAGACGGGCCAGCUGCGCAUCACGUUCGAAGACCAUUCAAGCUGCGUUACUGCGGUGGCAUUCUCGCCCGACGGAGGAGUGGUGGCGUCUGGAUCUUUAGACAAGACGGUCAAGCUGUGGGAUGCGAAGACGGGCCAGCUGCGCACCACGCUCGAAGGCCAUUCAGACUCCGUUUAUGCGGUAGCAUUCUCGCCCGACGGAGGAGUUGUGGUGUCUGGAUCUAAGGACAACACAGUCAAGCUGUGGGAUGCGAAGACGGGCCAGCUACGUACCACGCUCGAAGGCCAUUCGAGCUACGUUGAAGCGGUGGCAUUCUCGCCCGACGGAGUGGUGGCGUCUGGAUCUUGGGACAAGACGGUCAAGCUGUGGGAUGCGAAGACGGGCCAGCUGCGCACUACGCUCGAAGGCCAUUUAGACCAGGUUAAAGCGACCAAGCCUGGAACGUAG